UAUAAAAAUCUGCUAAAAAACAAGGGUUGGUGAAGAAGAGGAGAAAAGAACAGGCGUGCUUAAGAAAUAACGCUCAUAUAUGUUUUAGGUUUCUAGUCAACGAUCCCUUUUGCAUUAGGUUUAAUUGGAUCACACAAUUAACUCUGAAUUCUUGCAUACAGGUGUGUAUAUAUCAAAGAAUUCGACCCUAAUUGCAAAAUCUCGAUCGAAAUGGGUUCGUUCGGGAUGCUUUCGAGGAGAACCUUGGGCACCGAUAUGCCCGUCAUGGCUCAGAUUCGGAGUUUAAUGGCGGAAUUGACGAACCCCAUGUCUCUCGCCCAGGGAGUGGUGCAUUGGCAGCCUCCUCAAAAGGCCUUAGCCAAGGUCAAGGACCUUGUUUGGGAUCCUAUGGUUAGUAAUUAUGGCCCCGAUGAAGGUCUUCCCGAGUUAAGACAUGCUCUUCUCAAUAAGCUGCGUGAAGAAAACAAGCUUACCCAAUCACAAGUGAUGGUUACUGCAGGUGCCAAUCAGGCGUUUGUUAACCUUGUUAUCACAUUAUGUGAUGCUGGUGAUUCUGUUGUCAUGUUUGAGCCAUACUACUUCAACUCCUACAUGGCCUUCCAGAUGACAGGAGUCACCAACAUAAUUGUUGGUCCUGGCCAGUCAGACACUCUCUAUCCUGACGCAGACUGGUUAGAGAGGACACUCUCUGAGUCUAAACCAACCCCAAAAGUUGUAACUGUUGUGAAUCCUGGUAACCCAAGCGGCACCUAUGUCCCUGAACCGCUUUUUAAGAGGAUUUCACAAAUAUGCAAAGAUGCAGGGUGUUGGCUGAUUGUAGAUAACACAUACGAGUAUUUCAUCUAUGACGGUUUAAAACAUUCUUGCGUUGAGGGAGACCACAUUGUUAAUGUCUUCUCUUUCUCUAAAACCUAUGGCAUGAUGGGUUGGAGGCUUGGAUAUAUAGCUUACUCAGACAGAUUAGAUGGGUUUGCAACAGAGCUUGUGAAAAUUCAAGACAACAUACCAAUCUGUGCCGCCAUAAUCUCGCAGCGACUGGGUCUAUACGCAUUAGAGGAAGGUUCUGGGUGGAUAACGGAACGGGUAAAGAGUCUAGUGAAGAACCGGGAUAUUGUGAAAGAGGCGCUUGAGCCGCUGGGGAAGGAGAACGUUAAGGGAGGAGAAGGAGCGAUUUACCUGUGGGCGAAACUACCAGAGGGACACAGAGAUGAUUUCAAGGUGGUGCGGUGGCUGGCUCACCGCCAUGGUGUGGUGGUGAUCCCGGGGUGUGCAAGUGGUGGCCCCGGGUAUCUCCGGGUUUCCUUUGGAGGGUUGCAGGAGGUUGAAAUGAGAGCUGCAGCGGAGAGGCUAAGGAAAGGAUUAGAGGAGCUGCUUCACCAUGGAAUGGUGGAGUGAGAUGUUGUUAAAAGGGGCAAAAGAUGGUUUACUUUGCGUUUAUUUGAAGCUAUAGUUUGUUUAAAAAUGAAUAAAGAGUGUUUGUUUGUUCAAUAAUCAAUAGCUGAUUCUUCUUUACAAAGUCAUUGUACGUAUUUGGGAUACCAAUGGUUGAAUCCUUAAUCCCUUUGGUGUAUGUAUAUACUCUUUACUUAUUCAAAUCUCUCUCUCUCAAUGAUUGCAAAAGUUACCCUUUUGAUCA